ACACUCAGGGGCAUCGGCACACACGUAGGCACCAGCUUUAUGGGACCCUGGCUUGCCAGCUGCCAAGAAACACCCAGCAGUGUCAGCAGGCAGGUGUUGAAAGGGCUUCUGAACACAAGCCACUGCUUCAACUAGCACAAGAAACCCCCCUCCCCGCGCAUUUCCCUGCCUCAGUUUCCUCACCACUCGAGCAUUUUCUGGGCUCAGGGCAGAGUUCCCGGGGAUGGCCAGGAUCCAGCUGCAGCUCACCGCUUCUCCUCGCAUCUCUCUCUUCCAAGUCCUUUUCUCUUGACCAGGUCUUGUCCUGCAGUGAGUUAAACAGACCCCUCUGCUCCAAAAGCAGCGUCCCCUUUCUCCUGCGUCAGCUCCUUGGGUGUCCCCUGCGGUGUAAGUCCUCCUACCAACACCAGCGGCGCUAGACAAUUCUGAGAGUGGGGGUGCUGACUUGCAUCCCCCCCUUAGCCCUGUCUGCACCCCUCCCCGCUCCACUUUGUUUCUCUGACAUCAACUAUCCCAAGACUAGCAAUAAACGGGCGCAAGAGAGCAACGCUGCUCUGGUGCGGAUUGCAAUGCCCCAAGCAGCGCGGGCGCCCGUUCUAGGACCUCUACUGCACAAGCCGCAUCGUCCGUAGCUCUCUCAGGCCUUUGCUGACGCGAGCAAGGGGACCUGAGGCACUGACAGGGGAGGUGACUCGUCUGAGGUUGCACAGCAAGUCAGUGGCAGAGUUCCGGAUUCCAGGUUGCAUGGCUUGUCCACUGGUUGGUUAAUUCCUGGGAUCUCAGUCCCUCCGGCACUGUGAUCAGAGAGCUGCAGGCUUAUGCUCAGCUCCUGCAUCUAAGCCCUGGGCUGUGUAAGGUCAGGUCUACACUAGACCGGGCAGCUCAGCUUACGGUACGCAACUCCAGCCACAUAGAAUGUGUAGAAUACGUAGCUGGAGUUGGCUUACCUUAAGCCGAGCUUGAUGGCGUCCCCGUGGCAAGAUACCGACAAGAGCAAACACUCUUGUUGGCUUCCCUUACGCCUUGCAAAAGGAGUACUGGACAGCAGCGGGGGCUGAGUUUGAUUUAGCAGGUCUUAACUAGACUCACUAAAUCAAACUCCGGAGGAUGGAUCACAGCAGCAGCAAACUUCCUUUUAGUGUAGACAAUACUCUGGACAGGUAUGAAACAGAAGAGCAGCAGUCCGUGUUUACUAGCCGGAGAUCACAUCAACCCAGGGCUCCCUCUGCCCCCUACUGUGCAGCCAGGCAGGCAGCCCUUUGUUCACGCAAGCGGCUGCUUCAUUUCAUUGUCAACUCUGAUUAUUUCCCAGUUAAAAGCCCAGACGCAGGGGAGCUCAGAGGAGCUGAAGUGUUUGCAGCUGAUCCACAGGUUGCAGGAAGUCCCUGACUUGGAGGAGCUGAUGGGUAACCAGUCCUGCCUCAAGCUGGCCAGCAGCCUCAAGUCCUACGUGAACAUGGUGACAGAGAACGUUAUCCGCAGGAGCCCGCUGAAAGACGCCAUGAGGAGCGAUUUCAACACCUCCACCGGGCACCUGGCAACCGGAGCCCUCGGCAGGGCCUCUGCCCACCUCAGCCUCCGGCAGCAGAGCCCCUCCCAGGACGGCGGCUCAGGACACUUUGGGGAGCUCUCUCGGUCCUGCCGCCACCCCGUCACCCGCUGGGAGGACAGGACCGUGCACACGCACCUCCAGAACGUCACCUACCAGGCCGGCAAGCUGCGGGUGAGCCAGGCGGGCAAGUACUACAUCUACUCGCAGAUCUACUUCCGCUACCCCGGCGCCGGCGCCGCCGCCCGCCUCUCCGGGCACCAGCUGGUGCAGUGCAUCAACCGCGAGACCGCCUACGGGCAGCCCAUCCUGCUGCUCAAGGGCGUGGGCACCAAGUGCUGGGCGCCCGAGGCCGCCGACGGCCUGCACACCCUCUACCAGGGCGGCCUGUUCGAGCUGCAGGCCGGCGACCAGCUCUUCGUCUCCGUCUCGUCCCCGGCCAUCGAUUACGACGACACCGCCGCCAGUUACUUUGGGGCCUUCCUGCUUGACCCGUGAGGGGGCGGGGCCUGCGUUUACACCCGCCUCCCAUUGGACCAUCGCAUUGCAGACGCUCUGGCUGCCGCUGGCCCGGCUGCGGGGACCCGGCCGAGGCUUUGUACCGCUCCCUGUUCCUGCCUUGCAAACCCACCUGGCCCAGCAGGGCAGGGAUGCUGGGCCACAGAGGCCAGGGCCCCGGUUCUGUUCCCGUGGGGCUGUGCCGUUGGAGGACUGGCCUACAGCCGCAGAACAGUGGAAGAGCCUCGAAUGCACCUCCCGCCCCCUGCUGGAGCCAGAGCAGAGGGGCAGCAAACUGUGCGGAGGGGAGAGCGUGGAAGGACUUGGUGCUGGUGGGCGCAAGGAGAGGCCCUGACUUGCUGGGAAACUCGUCCAGCGGAUCCAAGCCCAGGGAGGAGGGGGAAGCGGCAGGCCAGAUAGGGCUCCGGGUGGGGAUCCCGGAGGAACCAGCUCCUGAGUUUCUUGAGCCCGCGGGGGGAGGACGUGCGGGGCCAGCCAAGCGGAGUGCGGGCGCGUGUGAAAGCAAAGGGUUAGCUGCCGUAGUUUGGCACGUCAGGAUCCCAGGCGGGGGACCCCUGCUCAGCUGAGCUCCAGGGCUGCGCGUCUGCAGUGGGCAGGGGACUUGGACCAAACGGCACGGUGCAGAGAGGACGCAAUAUGGAAGGUGGCCGGGGGAGCUGUUCCUCCCUCCAGCACAGCCACCCCCUCACAUGGACAGGUCCCAGCGGUCAGCCUGCCGCGUACCUGCCUCCGGCCAGGGGGAAGGAGCCGGGGCAGGGACCGGGGGUCUGUUCUGCUCUGGCCUGAGUAGAUGGUACGUGAUCCAGCCGAUUGGAGCAAGCCGACACCGCGCAUCCCACUCACGCCUUGUGUGACGUGCGUAGCCACAGCCCAGCGGGGCCAGGGGCAUGUGGCAGCAGGAGCCAGUAGAGCCGCACACGGGGCUGUCACCCCACCAUGCUGGGCUCUCCAGAGCCGGGCCGCAACAGCCCAUUGUGGGUCCGAAUCCCCUUUCUGCCACGAGCUAUUAAGGCCACCUGGACGCCCGCCUCUGUGCACACCGCAAGCAUCUCACCCCAGAGCCAGCAGGAGGCGAUCAGGGAGGGAGACCGCCGCCGAGGAGGGGAAUGUAGGUCAGUGGAUCAGGUUUGC